GAUAGUAAGUGGCGGUUUCAGAGCACAUGCAUGUUGUCAGGGCUAGCCUGCCCCGCCGCUCGCUCGCUCGCUCGCUGGCUCGCUCGUUCAGCUAUUACUACGAGCUACCUGCUGGGGAAUUCACCUUGACAUUGCUAGGAGUGUCUUCCACCGGUCACAGAACCAGAAAAGUUGUAUUCUUUAACACCAAAGAGGAGAUUUCGCUGUCUGGGGACAAUUUCACAACACUGAAGUAUAAGGACGCGGUAUUCCUAGAAAGAUAAAACAUGACAAAAAGCAAUGGAGAAGAGCCCAGGAUGGGGGGCAGGAUGGAGAGAUUUCAGCAAGGAGUCCGCAAGCGCACACUUUUGGCCAAGAAGAAAGUACAGAACAUCACAAAGGAGGAUGUUAAGAGUUACCUGUUUCGGAAUGCUUUUGUGCUGCUCACUGUCACCGCUGUCAUUGUGGGUACAAUCCUUGGAUUUGCCCUCCGACCAUAUAAAAUGAGCUACAGAGAGGUCAAAUACUUCUCUUUUCCUGGAGAGCUCCUGAUGCGGAUGCUGCAGAUGUUGGUCCUCCCCCUUAUCAUCUCCAGUCUUGUCACAGGAAUGGCGGCCCUAGAUAGUAAGGCGUCAGGGAAGAUGGGCAUGCGAGCUGUGGUCUAUUACAUGACCACUACCAUCAUCGCUGUGGUGAUUGGCAUAGUCAUUGUCAUCAUCAUCCAUCCCGGAAAGGGCACAAAGGAAAACAUGUACAGAGAAGGUAAAAUUGUGCAAGUGACUGCUGCAGAUGCCUUCCUGGAUUUAAUCAGGAACAUGUUCCCUCCCAAUCUGGUGGAAGCCUGCUUUAAACAGUUUAAAACCAGCUAUGAGAAGAGGAGUUUUAGAGUGCCCAUCCAGACCAAUGAAACACUCCUGGGCGCUGUGAUCAACAAUGUGUCAGAGGCCAUGGAGACCCUGACCCGAAUCCGGGAGGAGAUGGUACCUGUUCCUGGCUCUGUGAAUGGAGUCAAUGCCCUGGGCCUAGUUGUCUUCUCCAUGUGCUUCGGUUUUGUGAUUGGAAACAUGAAGGAGCAGGGGCAAGCCCUGAGAGAUUUCUUUGAUUCUCUUAACGAAGCCAUCAUGAGAUUGGUAGCGGUGAUAAUGUGGUAUGCACCUCUGGGCAUCCUCUUCUUGAUCGCAGGGAAAAUUGUUGAGAUGGAAGACAUGGGUGUAAUUGGAGGGCAGCUUGCCAUGUACACAGUGACAGUCAUUGUUGGCCUCCUCAUUCACGCUGUCAUCGUCCUGCCACUCCUCUACUUCCUGGUAACCCGGAAGAACCCCUGGGUUUUCAUUGGAGGGUUGCUGCAAGCGCUCAUCACAGCUCUGGGGACCUCCUCAAGUUCGGCCACCCUACCCAUCACUUUCAAGUGCCUAGAAGAAAACAAUGGCGUGGACAAACGUAUCACCAGAUUCGUGCUUCCGGUGGGGGCCACUAUUAACAUGGACGGGACCGCCCUCUAUGAGGCCUUGGCUGCCAUUUUCAUCGCUCAAGUUAACAACUUUGACCUGAACUUUGGGCAGAUUAUUACAAUAAGCAUCACAGCCACGGCUGCAAGCAUUGGGGCAGCUGGGAUUCCUCAGGCGGGUCUGGUCACCAUGGUCAUCGUGCUGACAUCUGUGGGACUGCCCACAGAUGACAUCACACUCAUCAUCGCAGUGGACUGGUUUCUGGACCGCCUCCGAACCACCACCAAUGUGCUGGGUGACUCUCUUGGAGCAGGGAUCGUUGAGCAUUUGUCUCGUCAUGAACUAAAGAACCGAGAUGUUGAAAUGGGGAACUCCGUGAUUGAGGAGAAUGAAAUGAAGAAGCCAUAUCAGCUGAUUGCCCAGGACAAUGAGCCUGAGAAAACCGUGGCUGACAGUGAAACCAAGAUGUAGACUUCACAGAAGUCUUGAGCACCAGGCUUUGGAAAGCCAUUCUGCAAUGUGUCCAUCUCAUUGAGCUCCCUCGCGCAGUGAGAGCCCCUUCUCUUUUCCUCCCUACUCUGAUAGGAUUGGAAAAUAUCCAAAAACCAGGGAAGGCUUGGCAGCAGCCAAAAUACAUAAUUUUCAGACUACAUUUGAAAUUGUUGAAUCAUCUCAUAUUAUUCUUACCAAGUAAGCUACUGGAAUCAAACAUAGUUUGGAUAUUACACAUUUAGAUGGCAAACAAUCCUGUGUGAUUGUUUUAUAAGCAAAAGCACUGAAUAAAUGAUAGGUUAAAAAAUUUUAAAUCAACUUUCAAAUUUUAAAAAUCCUUCGGAACACAGUAUAAUUUUAGUCUUAAAAGGUAACAACUCAAUGAGCAAUUAUCAGUUACCUUUGGGGUAGCAGAGAUGUUGCCCCGUUUCUUCUGACUUCUAUCCUGACAUUAUCAUUACCAGGGCAAUGCGCACAUGUACACAGCAUAGCUGUGAGGAGGAGCAGAAAGUGUGGUUUUGAGUGAGACUCAUCUCAUGCCUUGGCCUCAGUGUUCUCAUCCAGAGAAUGAGUGACUCCUCUAGACUCCUCUCUAGCUGAGAUUGCUGUGACACCAGGAGGACUCUGCCUGCCCUGUAUAACAUGGAGAUCUAAAAAGGACACUUAAUGGAACGGACAUUUCUCUCUAGGGGCAGGCUGUGUGUGGCUCACUGGGUCCCGGGUCCAAAAUUUUGGUUAUAUAAGUAGACAUGUGGAAGGCCAUUCCAGGAAUGAGAUUAUUUGUGGGGCCCCUUUACCUGUUUCUGGGUGAUGUUUGUUUUGUUUACGAAUACUAGAAGCACUCCCUUCUUGGGUAUUCUUCCCAAACCCAAGGGAUGGCUCUAAGAAAGCCUUCUACCACCCCUCAACUGACAAUUAGAUGUUCAGGAAAUAAACAGAAGACUGGCAACUAGCAAGUGUGUUCAUGGUCUUAUGAACACUAUGGAACACUAAAGAGCAGAGAACAGAGUAUAGACAAAAUUACAAAGGGAGGAUUCUUUAAUCCCAGCACUCGGGAGGUAGAGGAAGGCAGAUCUCUGUGAGUUAGAGGCCAGGCUGGUCCACAGAGUGAGUUUCAGGACAGCCAGGGCUACAUAGAGAAACCCUAUCUCGAAAACUAAAUAAAUAAAGAUCAAGAAUAGUUGGUCUUCUUUACAGACCAGUAAAAGGGAGAGCUACAUCUCCGCCCUUUUUGUUAACCUGAACACAGUGUCUUCAGUUCAAUUUCAGUGUCGCACAAGGGAGAUUUCUAGGACAGAUCCAUGUGCUAGGUGGAUAAUCUCAUCUCUGAAAUUAUCUGGUUUUUUUUUGUUUUGUUGUGUUUUUUGGAUUUUGUUUUGUUUUACAAUUUGAACUGAAGUUCUUAGAAUGAAAGAAACAAGAUACUUCUUUGUAUAAAAAUGCCACUUGACACAUCAUUCAAAAUUCUCAUCUAGAGUGGGGUUUGCUUUAGUUUUGUUUGUGGUCCUACAAAAAAAAAAUGGUAGAUGAGUCAGCUUGAAAAUAACAUCAAUCAGGAUGGGAGAAAAGACAACAGGGGCAUUACUUUCAGGCAAGGCAGCCCCCAGGUUUAAAAGAGAUUAAUUAUUUUUACCCCCUUAGAAUAUUCAGUCAAAGAUAUUCAGUGGGAGCCAUCAGAUAGUACCAGCUGCCUUAGUUUCUGACCGAAAAUAAUGAGUGGACAUAAUUACGCUAACACACUGAGUAUCUAGAAACAGCAUCUCCCAAUCUACAAUUAGACAUGUUAUAUCUAUCUUGAGUAUUUCAUGCAUAUAAAGGUUAACACUAGGCUAUGGUGGAGUAAUCAUUUAAUAACGUCAAGCUCUAUUUUGGAAAUACACUACAGAAGUUAAUGUAUGUGGCAGUCAUUUUACAACACUAGUAGAAGGAAAGUUAAUCAUGUCAAAUUAAUGCUGUUACCCGGUGUGAUUUUUUUUUUUUUGUACUAACCAUUUCUUAUGAAAUCAGGCCCUCUAAGGUGAUCCCUUUGCCAGUCCGUCAGAGGCUCUGCAUAUGCAUGCACCCACUGUGGACUGAAAAACAUUACUUUGUAGAUGUAUUUUCAAUAAAGAAAAAAUAGUUUUACA